AUGAUGGUGGGGGGUAACCAGAUAAGAUGCUAUUGUUUGGGGGAGCAGCCCACCACGCACGGGAUAGCCCCAUGUGCCACGCAACUCACCAAAAUCACCACAAAAACCUGGACAGAGCCAAACAAUAAUAUGGAUUCUUUAGAACUCACGCACCUCUCAAAGACGAGCCGGACCAUAAAGAUGCAAAACGCCACGGGACACGCCAGGUACAGGUCCUCCGCUUGUGGGAACGUGGCCUCCUCCGUGUUCUUCAGGUCCGCCCAGGUGACGUUGUGGGGCAGCCAGAAGCGCUCGUUCCAGAACCAGGCCAGGAUCCCGGACAUGGCUGUGAGUGCGAGGCGGCCGACGCGGGGGCAGCAGGCGGACAAGAGGAGCUGGAGGAUGGGUCUGACUGAGAGCGUGUUGGGCCGAGGAGAUGGGGAUGAGAGCGGCCCGCCUCUGCUGUGUGCGUACGGGCGUCUGAUUGGCUCUCGCGGCUGUCACUCAGGGAGGCGGAGCUGCGCUGAGAGGACCGCGCUCGCGAGGCCCAAUGUCAACAGAGUUUUUAAAGCUCCUGUACCUAACUUCUAA